UCCAAAACUCAACUCAACUCGACAUUCAACAAUGACCUCACACAACCACCACCUAAAUAAUCAAUCGGAACCCGACCGUCCCCUUCUCCCAACAAUCAUAGCAAAACCCUCCUCCUCCCCACGUCUUCCUCUCAUAACUACCCCAACCGCCGGCGCUCAACGCAAGAUCGCAAUCGCCGUCGACCUCAGCGACGAGAGCGCCUACGCUGUCCGAUGGUCUGUAGAAAAUUACCUCCGUCCCGGCGACGCCGUCGUCCUCCUCCACGUCCGGCAAACCUCCGUCCUCUACGGCGCCGAUUGGGGAUUCCUCAAUCACCAAUACGUUCCGAGAAACAGCGACAACAGCCAACAACAGGUGAACGAUGAAAGCGAUUUAACGGAUUCGACGGCCAAGAACAUAGCGGAACCGUUAGAGGAAGCGAGGAUACCGUACAAGAUACACAUAGUGAAGGACCACGACUUGAAGGAGAGGCUGUGUUUGGAGGUGGAGAGAUUAGGGUUAAGCGCGAUGAUAAUGGGGAGUAGAGGGAUUGGUGGGGCCGGGAGGAGGAGUAGUGUGGGGAGGUUAGGGAGUGUGAGUGAUUAUUGUGUGCAUCAUUGUGUUUGUCCUGUUGUUGUUGUUAGGUAUCCUGAAGAGAGUAAAACUCGAGAUAAUGGAGUUGGAGAGGAGGCGGCGGUGGCGGAGCUCCAUCCGGUGCCGGAGGAGGAUAUGGAGUAUCACGAUGUCUCUGAGUAAUUUUAAAGAAGAUGAAAGCAACAAAAAAAAUGUGAAGUCUGCAGAACAGCAAAGUCCGAAGAACACAGGAUAUAUUUUCUUAAUUAAAAGAAAGAAACCAGAAUGUAAUUUUAUUGUGUGCUUUGAAGUUUGAUAUAUGCCUUGUAAAAUAGUGCUGGUGGUAAAUUUGAUGUAGUUAAGGACUCCCAUUUACUGUAUUUUCUUGCCAGCCACCUUCUCAAAUAUGAAGUGUUGCGUAUUAACCGUGUAUUUUAUGUUUUCGUUUGUC